AUCAUUGAUCUUAGAACUAAGAAACAUGGCCAUGGCUAAGUCUUUGGUUGUGGUUUUGGUUCUCUUUUUACUUAGUUUUUUAGCUUAUUCUACAACUGUUUCUCAUGAUGGAAGAGCUCUUCUCAUUAAUGGCCAACGUAGGAUUAUCAUCUCUGGUUCAAUUCAUUAUCCCCGUUCUACUCCUGAGAUGUGGCCAGAAUUGAUUAAAAAGGCAAAAGAAGGAGGUCUAGAUGCAAUUGAAACUUAUGUUUUCUGGAAUGCUCAUGAGCCUGUUAAACGUCAGUAUAACUUUGAAGGCAAUCUAGACUUGGUUAGAUUUAUCAAAGAAAUUCAGAACGCUGGAUUAUAUGCAAUUGUUCGCAUUGGUCCUUAUGUUUGUGCAGAGUGGGAUUAUGGUGGCUUCCCUGCUUGGUUGAGGCAAAUCCCAGGGAUGGAAAUGAGAACUGAUAACAAACCCUUCAAGGAUGAGAUGCAAACAUUCACAACAUUGAUUGUGGAUAUGUUAAAGAAAGAAAACUUAUUGGCACCUCAAGGAGGACCAAUUAUACUCUCUCAGAUUGAGAAUGAGUAUGGAAACAUUCAAUCUGGAUAUGGAGCUGCUGCAAAAAACUACAUUGAAUGGUGUGCUAACAUGGCUCAAUCUCUAGACAUUGGUGUUCCAUGGAUUAUGUGCCAACAAGCUGAUGCACCGCAACCAAUGAUAAACACUUGCAAUGGAUUCUAUUGUCAUGAUUUUCAACCUAACAAUGCAAACAGUCCCAAGAUUUGGACUGAGAACUGGACUGGCUGGUUUAAGGAUUGGGACAAGCCAGACCCACAUAGACCGGCAGAAGAUGUAGCAUAUGCAGUGGCUAGGUUCUUUGAAACCAAUGGAACAGUGCAAAACUAUUACAUGUAUCAUGGAGGAACAAACUUUGGACGUACAUCAGGAGGACCAUAUAUCACUACUAGUUAUGAUUAUGAUGCUCCCCUUGAUGAAUAUGGAAAUAUAAGGCAACCAAAAUGGGGACACUUGAAGGCGCUUCAUGCAGCGUUGAAAAUCAUGGAGAAAGCUCUUGUUUAUGGCAACUACAACUCUACACAACUUGAAAACGGAGUUCAAAUCACUGAAUUCACUGGAAAAGGUAUCACACCAGGUUGCUUCAUUUCAAACUCAAACACCACUCUUGAUGCAACUGUAAAAUACCAUGGUCAAAACUACUUUGUCCCUGCAUCCUCUGUCAGUAUUCUUCCAGAGUGCAAAGAAGAAGUUUACAACACUGCUAAGGUGAACACUCAAACAUCAAUAAUGGUGAAGAAGAGAAGCCAGGCUGAAGAUGAGCCUGAAGAACUAAGUUGGUCAUGGAGACCAGAGGAAAUGACAAGCACUCUCAAAGGAGCUCUAGGGAACUUUAGUGAUCACAAGCUUUUAGACCAGAUUAUUGGCAGUGGUGAUAAAAGUGACUACUUGUGGUACAUGAAUACUUUUGAUCAUCCUUAUGAUAUGGACAUGACUCUGCAAGUUGCUACUCAAGGUCAUGUUCUUCAUGCAUUUCUUAAUGGGGAUCACGUUGGAUCUCAAUAUGCAGCUGAUGGAAAUUUCAGCUUUACAUUUGAAGCUGGUGUGAAAAUCAAAAAAGGGAAAAACUAUAUUUCAUUGCUUAGUGGCACAAUUGGUCAUGCGAAUUAUGGUGCUCGUUUUGAAUUGGUUCCGACCGGAAUUGCCGGCGGGCCAGUGUUCCUCAUAGGAGAUGGUGGUAUGAAACAUGAUUUAUCAUCUGAAUUGUGGGCAUACAAGGUUGGAUUGAAUGGUGAGGAUAAUGAAAUAUAUAUGGAUAACCCUAAUGACAAAUGGUACACUGAUUCCGUCCCUUCCAUGAGACCCUUCACUUGGUACAAGACAACCUUCAAGGCUCCUCUUGGAACUGAGGCAGUGGUGGUGAACUUGGAAGGCAUGGGAAAGGGAGUAGCAUGGGUGAAUGGCAAUAACCUUGGGAGAUAUUGGCCAACCACCAUUGCAAACAAUCAAGGUUGCGAGCUGUGUGAUUAUGACAACCAUACAGUCCCUGAUGACCAUUGUCGAACUGGUUGUGGCGAGCCUGGUCAAAUUUGGUAUCAUGUACCAAGAUCAUUCCUCAAAGAAGGAGAGCCAAACACUUUAAUAUUGUUUGAAGAGGCCGGUGGAGAACCAUUCAAUGUGAACUUCCAGACAAUGGUGGUCGGAACCGUCUGCGGGCAUGUCGAAGAAGGAAAAACCCUAACUUUGUCUUGCCAAGGAACUAGAACUAUUUCAAAUGUUGAGUUUGCAAGCUUUGGUAAUCCUGUUGGCAUGUGUGGUGCAUUCCAGAAGGGAACUUGUGACUCUCAAAUUGCUCUUGAUGCAAUCCAAAAGGCAUGUGUUGGAAAGAUGGCGUGCUCGAUCAAAGGAUCGGCGAGAGUGCUCGGUGACUCUGAAUGCAAGAACAUGCCUGUGAGCUUGGCUGUUCAAGCAGUCUGCUCUUGAUCAGCUUCAUUUACUUAAGUAGUUCUUUCAUUUAGGUUGUUUUUAAGUGUCUUUUUUUAUUUUUUUCCUAAGUUAUUUGAGGUUUGUUCCUUUUGAGUUAGAUUUUAU